AAUGCCUGGCACUGUUUCUCCUCAACUCUGUGCAGAACGAAGAGUGCGAACACUUGAAGGUGAAUUGACUCCACGCACUGGAGAUCGAGAGAAGGAAACAGGUUGAUCAUCUUUGUUUCCCAGAUCCACGUUCUUUUUUACGCGAAACACUCUGUUUAACUUGCAGGAUGCGCUACCCCAACGAACGACCUGAGUGUCAGCGCCACAGAAAGACACGAUUUUCGACCAGUUGGUGCUCAAUAUCAAACUUGUGAGCACGAAGGGUCAUCGAAAACGACGGUACCCUCCGAAAUGCGACGGCGCAAGCUGGACAAGACGGAAGGUGAUCUGUCGAAUUUAGCAGGUGCCUGUAGCCGCGGCAUCUCUAUACUCGCCGAGUCGCGAGACCCUGCAGUGUUUCGAGUGAGCAUCGACAGAGACAACUGUUCUUCACUACAUGAAAGUUUGGGGGGAGCGCGUCCACUUGCGUAGGUGAGAGAAAGCUAGAGAAGGACAGCAGAAACUGAGGAAGACGAAGAAGAAGAGGGACAAGAAGGAAACUUCGGAGUGAGGAAAAGCAGAUGAAGACACACGGGAACAAGGCAGGGAGACUGGCUGAGUUAGAACUGCUAAUCCCCCAGGAAAACCAAACGAGCAGACAGGUAGAGAUCUAUCCGACAUUGGAACAGAAAUCGCGCAACUCGAAAACAGCAAAGAAGCGCGCUAGAGUUCUCCGUAAAAGACAGAGUGAAUCUGUGACAGAUGCAAAGAGAAGCGAGCGUCUCGAGGAAGAAGCAGCUGUAUUCCAGUUCCCUUCACGGAGGAACGCGAGCAAAAAAUCUACCGCAGGCGAAUGCCUGCCUCGAGCAUCGAAAAAAGAAGCGUCGACAGAGAUGCCUCUAAAACCGGAGAGAAAAGAGAAACAGCUUCACAGCACAACGAACGAAGCCAGACACGCGCGGGAGUGCGACAAGCGAAGAGACACAGACAUGCAGACGCGGGGGGCCGUCAAAAAACGCGGGGCCGACCGUUCCUACCUGAAGAGAAGAGCAGAAGCGGCUUCUCAGAAAAGAACCAAGGAGACGGAGAGCGAAACACGACAGAUCUGAAGAAAAACGCCCGCGAAAAGCCGAACGAGAGAGAGGAGAACGCCGAGUCACAGAGCGAGGUACCCAGAAAAACGGGCCGUAAAUGAGUGUGAGAGACGUGGUGGAGAGGAAGAGCCCGGAGGGCGCGGCGCCUCGUUCUGCUGUGUGUGUGGAGUUGGUCGGCUUAUAUUCGGAGAAACAACUCGUGAUGCACUGUGUCGACAGCAAACGCGUUUUCGAUGCUGACCGAGGACGAGCCGGCUUGUCGAGAAGAAUGCUGGAGAAAAAGUUGAGGAAAGGUACGCUGCAGAUUCUUCUGGAAAAAAAGGAGAGAAGGAGACUUGUCUGUAGCGUCUGACUGCCGGGGGACAGAGGAAUCCGGUCUCUCUCUGGCCCCGUUGUUUCCCUGCUUCUCGCUCUCGAGGAGCGGUGUACAGACAGUCUUCGUUGUCUCUUUCUUCUGCUUCCUCCUUCUCUCCGUGUUCUUUUCUUCGUCUCUUCUUCUUUCCUCGUCUUUUCUUCUUGUCCGCUCUGCGUCGAGCCCUGCAUUUCUGAGGCAGGCAGGCAGGCUUUUCCGCGAGGGGCUCCCCGCCCGCUUUUUCUCGCUCGACAGAGAACGGUUUUGGCUAGGAAGUUGGGAGACUCUCCGACGCGAAAUUGCCGAGGACGAUCGUCGCUUCAUCUCUCACGCCAAAAGGAGACCGGGAGAGACGACCGAAGCCGAGGCCUCAUGGAGAGACGCCGAGGUCACUUCCGGUCGUCUUCCGGGACUGGGUGUUUCUGUGUCUUGUUCUCUCUCUCUUCAAAGUAAUCGCUCUCUUGUUUUCUUCUUUCGUUGUCUUCGUUCUCUUCGUUCGUUCUCUUCGUUCGUUCUUUUUGUUCGUUCUCUCAUUCGCUCUCUUAUUUGUUUCUUGUCCUCUCUGCGUUGCCUCGCCGGUUUUUGGGCCUGCUUUUCCGCGUCGAAGUUGGCCUUUCUGUCCAGAGGCGGCUGCGUCGUCUUCUAAAGAAAGCUCUCCAGAUUGUCUCCAGAGAAUCCUUUCGUGUAGCCCUGUCUCUCCUCCUUUCUGUCGCUCUUCGCUCCGUCUCUGUUCUCCACUCUCUUUCUCUCUUCACCUCUGUCUCGUCACGAUGCCCUCACGCGUUCUCCUCUGCACAGUCUCCUUCGCUUCCCGUUUCGCUCUCUCUCGACGCGGGCGCGCGCAAAGCGUGCUGACUCUGUACUGAUUUUUCCUUCUCCCGCGUCUCCUUUUCCUCCUGCGUUGCUGCCGCCUCGUGUCUCCGCGCCAAUUCGAGUUCGGAGUCUCCGCCCUCACCAUGGGGGGCGGUGUGGGUCGGGCGCCUCGGGCAGGUCGGGGAGCCUCUGUCUCCGACUCUGAGGCUCUGUCUCUGCCUGCUCUGCUUCCGCCGCUCUCGCCUCUUUCCUCGCCUUCGCCGGCGCUUGGAGACUCUGCAUGCUUCCCGUUCAUCGGUCUCGAGCCCCUGAAGCCGCCUGCCGGAGGCCGUGGAUCUCCCGCGUCUCCUGUCCGCUCCCUCUCCUCCAUCCUCAUUGUCUCCUCCGCCUCAGCUGCAGCCUUCGUUCGCUCCGCUUCCUCCUCUUUCGCUUCUUCUUUGUCAAGCCGGGCCUCUUCUUCCUCUGCGCCUGUCCCCGUGUACAUACACCCGGUGUCGGGCACCGUGCAUCCGUACCCCGCGCAGCCGGCUCCGCCUCCGCCGACUCACCUCGUUCUCGCGGUGCCUGCCUCCGCGUCGUACGCGCCUCCCGCUUCUUCUUCCUCUUCUUCCUUUCUCGAGGGUCUUUCCGUCGGUUUUUCGGGUGUCUCUGGAAGGACUUCAGCGCGCGCCACGGCGCAGGAGAAGCCGGACGCGUCCUUCUUUGCCGCUCUGCAGACGAGCGUCGUGCAGUUGCUGAAAAGGUCCAGAUCGAUUCGCUCUGUCGUCCUGCGCGGAGACGGCGACUGGCUGGAGGUCCUCAGGGAGGCGCUCCAAAACCAUGUAUCGGUCUCCUCCGUCAGCUUAGAAGCCGUCACCAAUCUCUCUGAGAAGGAACUCACGAGUGGAUACGCUCGCCUUCUCUCGGGACUCUCCAAGUGUACAUCCAUCUCGAUUCGCGGCUGUGGACUGACUUCACGAGGCCUCAAGAGUCUUCUGCGGUCGUUGGGGAAGCAGUCCGACUUUGUCGAGCAUCUCCAAGAAAUCGAUCUAGCUCACAACGACCUGGAUGACGAGGCGGCUGCCGUGCUUCUCUCUCUGUUUUCUUCGAGUUCACCGCGACGACUCGCGUCUCUUCGUUUGGACGCGAAUCCUUGUUCGCUCUCGGCUCUCGAGCCGUUGCUCGCUCUCCUGGCGUCUUGCGACGGAGCUUCUUCUGAGGAAGAGAGCGGACUAAAUCUGCUUUCGCUCGGCGGACUGACAAAUGUCAGCGAGUCGACUUUGUCUUCUCUCUCCCUCUUUUCUUCGCUCUCGUCUCUCUCGCUCUCUCGCUGUCGGUCAGACUCGCCGCACACCCUCCGGCUCCUCCCUUCGCUCGCCUCGUCUCUGACUGCUGCGUCUCUGACUUCUAAGUCUGCCUUUCUCUCGACGUUGACGCACCUGGAUUUGUCGCAUGUGCCAUCUCUGCUGUCCGAUGACGACGUCGCCCUCCUCGUCGAAAUCCUCUUUCCUCGCGAGUCUCUGCCUCGUCUGCAGACCCGCGGCGGCCGCGACGAACGCGGGAAGUCGCCUGCAUGCACUCGAAAGCCUCAGACUGCCAAAGGGAGGGACAGAUCUGUCUCUGCUGUCUCUUCUGUCUCUUCGCUGCUGUCUCUCUCGCUCGCGGGAGACGGGUUGACAGGCGGGUGUCUGCGAGCGCUUGCUCUCGGCUUGCUCUCUCCAAGUUGUCGACUGCAGCAUUUGGAUCUGUCGCGCAAUUCUUUCGGGAAGAAACCGAGUAUCGACGGAGAUGCAGGAUCCGACUCACAUGCACCGGAGAGAAAAGACAAAGACAAACGGAGAGCCAAAGGCAGGCCAGGCGCCAGAAAACGCCCGGAAGAAAAAGAGGAAGAGGCCUUGCCAAUUGAACCUCUCGUUGACGCUCUUCAGCAAGGCUACGAGGAAGCCCCUCACGCGCCGUGCGGCCUGCGCUUUCUUUCUCUCGCGUUUUGCGAGCUUUCUCUGGAGGCCAUGCAGCAGCUGGCGGCGGCGCUUUUGACGAACGGCGAGAAUUUGGUGUUUCUGGAUCUCCGAGGAAAUCUGCGGAGCGCUGAAGGCCCGGAUGGCGGGGAAGAACAGAGAAAAGGAGACAGGCGAGACGAGUUGCGUCUGGCGAGGUGUGCCUUCGACACAGUCGCAGGGAUGUGCGGACUGCAAGUUCUUCUCCUCGAAGAAGAGACGAAGAAGCGAAGGCAGGAGACGGAGGAGACAGAGGAGACAGAGGAGACGCAGGAGACAGGGCGAAAGAGACAGAAACGAGGGACGCGGCAGCCGAAGGGGAGAAGAAGAGACAAAGCAACAGAGGAAGCAAACGAGGAAGAAGGAACCGUCGAGGAAGGAGAAGAUGAAGAGGAUGAGGAAGAGGAUGAUGAAAAACAUGGAGAAGAAGGAACGAGAGGAGUGAGAGGAGGAAGAGCUGUUGAGAUUGAGAGGAGACGCUGCGGAGGAAAGGGAGGAAGAGGUCGACGCAGCGAAAAAUCAGAGUCGAAGAAAAGGAAAGCUGAGAUGGCGGAAGAAGACAGCGGAAGGUCUAGUGUACGGACGCGAAGACAACGAAAGGAUGAUGAAGAGGAGGAAGAAGAGGAAGAAGAGGAGGAAGAGGAGGAGGAAGAGGAAGAAGACGAUGAAGAGGAGGAAGAAGACGAUGAAGAAGAUGAAAGCUUCGACGAAUUGGAUGCCAUGGAAGCAGAACAGAAAGCUGACGAAAGUAGUGAAGACGAGGGAGGAGAAGAUGGAGAAGAGAAGGAAGAAGACGAAGAGGAAGAAGAGGAGGAAGACGAGACGACACGAACGAGUCUGCGCAAGAGGGGAAGGCACAGUGGUAUGCGGAGCGAGAAAGAACAGGAGAGCCUGUCGAAAGCAACAGAACCUCGGCAGCGAACGAUGGAAAGUGAAAACGGAGGAAAAACGACCCCGCGAAGAGGUCGACCGACUCGCCGAACAUCUGCGGACUCUUCCCGUCGAAAGAAAUCCAAGAAAGACGAAUCUGAAGAAGAGGAAGAAGAGGAAGACGAGGAAGAAGAAGAGGAAGAGGAAGAGGAGGAAGAAGAUGAUGACGACGAAGAGUACGAGGAAGGAGAGAGUGUCACAGGGAGGAAGGGAAGACGAAGGCGACAUCCACAACGUGGACGCGACCAAGUUGUCUCUGCGCAUGUUCGAAAGAGAAGAAAGACGACGGCAGAAGAGAAGGAAGCCGGAGAAGAGAGACUCGAAAAGAGAGAGCAAGUGGACGAACAAGUAGAAGAAAAUUUAAAAAACAACGCAGUGUUGCCCUCUCCCUCUCCUCAAAAGGAAGGUCGCCGACGUCGCACGGUGUGCGCAGUUCCUUCCGCUCGCGCCUCGAGGCCGCGAAAGACAAGAGCGGAUCCAGAGGACGAGACUUCAUUUCCAGAGACUGCAGGGGAUCAGGAAAGCUGCAUGCUCUCCGGUCAGACGAGUGCCUCGCCGUCCUUGCCUCUCCGAUCCCGACAGAAGUCGCGAUGGAUCGAGGAGGACUCUGUCUCCGGGCCUCUUCCCCACCCGCGAGCGUCGCGUCCCUCGUCCUUCUUCGUCGCAGAGACAGGUCGCAUCGGCGUUGGCGGGGCUCAGCCGCGCAGAUCUUGUUCAGCUCUGAUGUCCACCACGUCUGUGGACCUUGAAGGUGGAGGCGAACUUUUCGGAAACAGAGAGAGAGGGCCUCCGCGACGGAGACAGUCCGCCUCCUUCCUCGCAGCGCCGGCCGCACCGGCCAUCGUGGUGCACCAGGUAUCUCCGGCGCCGGGCGCAGGGGAGAGACCUCGAAAGAAAGAGAGCCUCGCGGUGAACAAGAAGAGCGAGGCGACGUUCAGCUCCUCCGUGGUCUCCGCGGCGACGCCCGUCGACACUCCUUUCCUCAUGUACUUCGACAUGAAGCGCGAGUACCCCGCAACUUCGGCGCUCAGAGACCCCGAAGCGAAUGGAGACCUGCGCCCUGGGGAAGAAGACGCUCUCCCGCGCGGCGGGGUGUACGUACAGCCGAGCGCGGGGGCGCCCUCGGAGGCGCGGGAGGCUUUGGGUCGCGUCAGAGUCCGCGAGGAAGAGGCGAGACGCGUGGAGAGCAGCCGGGGAUUUGCGGUUCUGCCGCCGGUGCCGGCGGCGCCUGAGGAGCAGAGAGACAUUCGUGUUUUCUUGAAUCGCGCAGGAAUUCAUCUCUUGAAUUUGUUCUUUCCUCGCGACUCUCACAGCUACGUGGGGAAGACGCCGCUGCAGCCGCUGCUGCGCUCCUAUCCCCAGGAACUUCUUCUCGGCUUGAAGUACAUCUUGUCUUCUCACUACCUGCCCCUGCUCUCGUUUCCGGACGUGUACACGCUGCAAGAGCUGUCCUUGUCUCCGCAUCUCUCGCCGCCGCUGCAGCUGCUGCUGUCGAUCAUUUUCGAGGAGCUCGCGCGGACGAAUCUGACUUACAAGUAUCAACAGUACGGCGAGCUCGGCUUCGACGAAAAUCUCUGCCACCCGGGAAAGGUCCUCUUUGAUGGCGGACCCGGGUGCCAGGCGAUCCACGCCGCGGAGUUCCGCGUCUUCUGGAUGCGGCGUCACGGCCGGCGGCUCGGACGGCGCCGCCCCGGCUGGGGCUCUAGAGCCCAACUAGCGGUCGGAAGCCGCGCCGACGACGCGCCGGUUGCGCCGUUCCAGUCGCCGCCGCCGCCCCUGCCGCUCGCCUCGCCGCAGGCCUCGGGCCUCGAGAGGGAGCGGCUUUUUUCUGGGAAGAAAUUCGAACGCAGAGACCCGAGAGACGCCUUCUCCGGCGCAUGCACUCUCGACGGCCUCGACCACGAUUCACCCCCCGGCGCCUCGCCCUGCACGUCGCCGAAGCAGGCCGAGUUUCCCCCGCCGACCCCACAGUUCGUGGAGACGCCUGACCGCGUCCGGGGGCUCGCGGGCCUCUUUGAGGGCUCGCCGCGCUCGGCGUUCUCGGCUGCGGAGAACGGAGACCAUUCGACCAGCCUCAGCACCGUUUUCGACCUGCUGGAGCCCGCGCGCCUCCACCCGCUCGCCGCAUCUUUCGACGGAGACACUUUUGGAGCCGCAGGACCUGAAAAGAGCCUUCUCAAAAUCUCGGGAAAAGCCCCAGAGAACGGGCGGCCGCUCCAGUGUACGUGCGGGCGCGACGAGGCGGAGCGCAGGCGUCAGCUGCCUGGCGAGAGGCCCUCGAAGCCGCCCCUCAGAGAGAAGAAGCCACUCGACGCGGAGACGAAGAAGAACUCUGCAGACGGCUCUCGAACUGCAGAUGGCGCACCCGCCCCAGAGCUCAGCGAAGUCCCCACAGGACAGCCUCCACCUUUGCCGAGUGCCGAGAAGUCCGGCGCUGAACUCUUUGCCACCCCUGCGCCCUUCCGAUGGAUGAAGAAGGCCCUUGGGGCGGUGCGGAGUCAGGGGAUUUCAGGCCUGAAGAAGGAGACAGUCCCGCGGAACUUGGAUUUCUACUUCCGUUUGAAUCGCCGGGCAUCCGACGACGCGGCGCAGCUCCAGGCGAAGGCCGACAGCGCCAAGCGAGGCGAGACCUCGACUGCACGCGCCGAGUCUACUGGCGGCUUGAAUGCUGCAGGGCCGCUGGCGGCGGGAGAGGAGUUCCAGGGUCUCUCUGAUGCAGGAAAGGACGAGACAGACGUCGCGUCGAAGAAUCGCGAGACUCCAGGGGGCGGUGUGAGUCGAUCUUCUGUCGACUCGAGGUCUUUGAGCGAGCGACGAGACUCGGAGGUGUCUGUCUCUGCACCUGCAGAUGACCGAGACUCGCAGGACGAGGUCGUGGCUGUCUCGCGGCCGUCCGCGUUGACUGGGCGAGGCGGCCUUUACUCCGCUGUUUCCUCGCCUGCGCUCUCCGCGUCGGACUUCGCCGAAGAACUCUCGGAGAACGAAGCGCGGCCAGUGGUUCUGCGUACGAAUGGACACAGGCCGGAGGUGCGCCCUGCGGAGCCGCGCCGGGAAGAAGAAGGAGACACUUUUGGGCCGCCGGCUUGGGCCCCAAAGGGCGAGGCGCCAGGCUCGGAGGAAGGCAAGGCAACCAGGGACGACGAAGAGAAGGCUGGGAGGGAGAAGGCACCGGUUCCCCGUUGCGCGUCCACGCCGCAAGACCGAUUUGUGGUCAGUUGGGACGAUGAUGAAUGGCUGGGGUCGAUCGAGUGUUUUCUCGACGACCUCUCUCUCUGUCCGAGUGCGGUUUCCACUCGUGCCUGUUCUUUUGAAUCUUCUUCGACCCACGGGGCCUCCUGUCCCCUGGCGAGCCGAGGCGCCCCGCAUACGCGCUCCCUGCCCGCCGACUUUGUUCUGCAUCCACCGCUCCUUCCGCCUUCUUUGUCUCCGUCGGCGCCUCCGUCUUCUGUUUCGCUUUCUGCUGUCUCGGCGCCUUUGGUGCCAGCGAGCCCCUGCGUGGGCGGCGCGGGUGUACAGACGCCGGGACCCUGUUCGUGCCGCGAAGUGAUUGUGGUGGAUGUGCAGAGCGACGCGCAGCUGCGGAAACGGAUUUGGGACGUCCAGACGCUGUUUACGGGCUCCGAACUGUCUGUACACCGGAAGAUCGAGCUGCUGCGGCGAAUGGUGCUCCGGAGCAUCAAGAGCGCGGCGACAGGGUACGGAGAGCAGAAGGACGAGGUGAAGCGCCUGGCGGCCGAACACGAUGGCUUCGUCUACCUGGGAGAUGUCAACUACGGCUUCUCGCGUCACAUGGCCCUUCUCUUCAAGGUCCUCUGCGACGCCUCUCAGAUCCCCUGCCGCGUGAUGCGCGCUGGUCUCCUGGGCGAAGAGACAGUCGGAGACAACGGAGACACUUCGGCGCGGAGCCCAGAGCUCGGCGGCGGGGCGCCGGGCGAGGGCGAGAAGAGACUGGCCGGGCCGCGGGCGCGGCGCGACGGCCUGGAGAGACAGGAGAGGCGCCGCCGAGAGGAAGAAGAGUUCGUGUACAACGUAGUCUUGGUCAAGGACGCGACCAAGUCGGAACUCGAGCAACUGAUUCCUAUCAUCUGGACGCAAAACGCCGCGGCUGGCCUCUGGCGCAGAUAUCUCAGUCCAGGAGUGGAGAAAGGCGCGAGGGGCGAGGACCGAGAGCGGAAGCGCGGUCGACACUCCUCCCUGACAGACUUCCUCGCCUCCGGAGUCGUCAGGCUCAAUCCUCCGACGCUCUCCUCCAUUCCCCUUCCUCGGCGGCUACGAGCGCUUCAGCGAAGACUCGCAGUCUCUUCUGCGAGUUUUUCUUCCUGUGGACAAGAACGGUCCUCAGAGAGAAGUCGGUGUGUGGAGAGAGACCUGGAGACGGAGACGGGGAGAGGCGCGACUGCGGGGAACGAACGGUGCGGAGACACUGCAGGCGACUUGGGAGGAGACCGUGAGUUGCCGCCUCUGGGGCGCGCGCGCAGUCCGAGACCCUUCGACUAUUUCAAGCACGGCUGGGUGGAUCGACGGAGAGAAACCUCUCACUGCUGCUGCUGCGCCUCGCGCUCGCUGCCCAGCCUCGAGGCAGAGACCGGCGGAGACAGGGCUGAGACGCGAGGAGACAACGGGAGAGACAACCGUGUGGGGCGAGACAGCGCUCCAGGUGGAGACGUGACGAGUCGCAACGAAAGCAGCGAGAAGACUGAAAAGGAGAACUGGGGAGCGAAACCAAGUGAAGACGGACCUCUCCAUCGACAGCAUGCAGAUCUCGAUCGCCUUCUUCUCGCCGCGAGCGGCGCCUCUGCGUUCUGCGGGUGCGGCGGGGCGCCGGCGUCCGUCGCGGCGACCGAGUUGGACUUGGACGCCUUCUUCGACUUCCGGGAGAAGUUGGGGAAAGGCAGUUUCGGCGAGGUCUGGAGAGUCCGCAUAAAAAGCGAAGGGCGCGCGGUCGGCGCUGCGCGACGGAAGCCCCGCGAGCGAAAGCGCAGCCGCGAAGAGCAGGACGCGGGAGUCCGAGAGGAGAACGCGGUGUCUGAGGAAGAAGAGCGAGGCAAGGAAGUCCACUCGGGAGAAGAGAGAGCCGAGGCGCCGUGGAGACGCGAGACCGACGAAGACGGCGAAGCAGACGAAGCAGGCGAAAGAGGCGAAGCAGACGAAGCAUGUCGAGGAGACAGCGGAGAACCUGCGGAGCCAGAAUAUGCGCUGAAGCUCGUUCCAAAGAGUGAAGAGAACCUGCCGGAGGCGGAGAUCAUGCGGAGUUACUCGCACCCGCGCGUUGUCCCUUUUCUGGGGGUCUUCGAGGGAUUUCAAAUGCUCGAAGACCGGAGCAAGAAGAAGGUGAAAAAUACGUCUCUCUGCUUCCUCAUGGACAUUGCAGACCAGUCUCUAGAGAGCCUUCUGGAGGAGCACGAGAAGGCAAACACAUGCCUCGACGUGGAAUUCAUUUUAACGAUUCUGCUCGACACUGCUCGCGGGAUGAACUACCUCCAUUCACCCAGUGCGACGAAGCCUCACCUUCUGCACAGGGACCUGAAACCUGCAAACAUCCUCCUCAAGGAUGGAAGAGCGAUGGUGACGGACUUCGGUGUGGCGCGCGUCGCGGAAGUUUCGUUCGAACAUGAGAUGACGCAGGGGCCUGGAACUGAGGGAUACAUCGCGCCUGAGCAGAGAACAGCUGCGUACGACAGACCAGCGGACGUCUGGGCGUUCGGCGUCGUCUGCGCGAGACUGCUUGGGCUGAGAGAAUGGAAGAAACUGAGCGACCCUCAGCACCGAGUUGCUCUCUCCGACUUCGCUCUCAAAGACGCGUUCCUCAUCAACCUGUGCCUCGCCUGCCUCGAACGGAGGCCCCUCAUGCGCCCGACCUUCCACCAAAUUGUCCAGCGUCUCAUCGACAAGAUUUUCCGGCUGGAAUUCGAGCGAAUUCUCCGCACCCCCUACCGCAACUGUCUCCCGCUUCUCCACGCAGAGAACCCUCUCGUUUUUUCUUCUCCCGCGUCGCUUCCCGUCGGGCGCGGAGACACCCCCUCCAGGGCGGUGGAGACAGUGGACGUGAGACGCCUCGGGGAGAAGAGCGGAGCGAUAACGCCUUUCCGGUCGCCAUCCCUGUGCCCAUCGCAACUUGCGCCGCCUGCCAGGCCUGUCCCCUCGCGUUUGUCUCGUUCUCUGCUCGAGGCGCCUUUUUCAGCGGGCGGAGAGAAUGUCGAAGCGCUCGCUUCGCGGACAGAAAAAGUCUCGCCGAAAGCGAGGCCAGAGGAAGGCGUUUGCAGCGGGCGUCCUGCCUCUGCGUGUACUCACCGCAGCGGCAACGACGAGGCGGCAGCGCCUGCCUCCUCGCUGUCGACCGGGGGAGAAGAAGAAGUUUUCUUCUCUGGAGAGGAGAGCGAAGCGACGAGCCAAGCGAAGAACGCGGAGGCAAAAGGCGAGCCGCAGUUGGGGCCUGUCGCGGAUCCAGAGGUCACGGAAGACCAAGAGGAAGAAGGCUUUUUCUCGCGUCUCCGGCUGCGGACGAUGAAGCGCAGUCGACCCCUGCUUCUUUCCUCGUCGGAGGUUUCCCCCGCGAGCUCGGAACGCGAAGACGCUGCAGAAGAGUGCGACGGCGCCGUCGAGCCAGACACAAACGCGAAAGAGAAGAAGCUCGAGACGAAGAGUGAAUCGAACGAGAAGAGUCAAGAAAAACGCGAAGAAGUGGACCCCGUCGACGGCGUGGUGACCCCACACCGACUGUCUCCUUCCGACAAGAAGGAACCGAAGGAACCGAGUCUCUUGAAGAAGAGCGGCGUUUCGCCUCUUCAGAAGAAACAGGCGAGUCCUGCCUCGAAGAAAAAAGUCUGGAAAACGCCGACCUCGUUCGUGUCUCUCCGGACCCCUGACAAAGUUGCCGCGAACUCUUCUUCCUCCUCUUCUUCCUCUUCCUCCUCGUCCUCUUCUUCCUCUUCCUCGUCCUCUUCUUCCUCUUCUUCUGCCUCUUCUUCUCCUUCUUCUCCCUCUUCGGCGGCGUCGGCGUCGCUGUCUCCGACGGGAGGGUCGCGCAGGCGCGCGGCUUCGCCUCAACGCGAGAGAGAAGAGCGAAGGAGACCUGGUCGUACAUCUCCCAAGCUGACUCCGAGAGGAAGGGAAGAAGAGCGACGACUGUCUCCGACAGAGAAGGACGACCGAGGGCAGAGUUUGAGUCGAGGGCGGAGCGUGAGCAGAGGACGAUGUCUGGGGAAGGAAGGCGAGAAGAUUCGAACAAAAGAAAGAAACGCCGAAAAAACACCCACGCAAACGCCCAAUCACCGCCGCAGAUCUCCUUCUCCUUCUUUGUCGACCUCCCCGCUGUCGCGAUUCGAUGAGGCAGGAGUGCAAGACGCAGAAGAAGGCGUCCUCCGACACCCGUCCUCAAGAGGUCCCCGAAGCAAAAUCAGUGAGAACCCCAGGAUCUCUGCUUGUUCGCCUUCUUCUCCUUUCUCUCCUUGUCCUUCUCCUUCUUCUGCUUCUUCUCCUUCUGCUUUUUCUUCGCUUUCUGCGUCUGUGCUCAAGAACAGAGUUGGAUCCGUCGAUGCGCAGAGGUCCUUGGGGGAGAGGAAAGGUCUGCUUCUCUCUUCUUCGGCGUCGGUUGGGUCGGAGACGAGAGAUGCUCGACGAAGUCCGGAAGGCGUCUCCGCCGUCUCCUCUGAAGGCUCUGCGUCUCUCUCUGGUGCUCCGCGCGUCCUCGCUUCGCGGCAGGCGGACAGCUCUUCGGAUUCCCUCGUGGAAACAGAGAUUUCGCAUGCGCCGAACUGCGCCUCGUCUGCGUUUCCUCCUCCCGCGCGCGUCGCGGGUCUCGCUGCGCCUUUUGCUGCGAAACCGGCAACGCAGACAGCCCCCAUACGGAAAGGAGACAGCUUCAGCGACGCGUACAAGGUCUCCGGCGCGACGGAACAGCUGGCCAGCGGCGGCAACGAAGGGAGAGGGUCGGGGAGUUUGAGUUGAGACGCGACCGACGAGGAGGCGACCAGGUCGGGAGGGCGCCUGCCGCUUUUCAGCAGAGUAUCGCCUCGGUUUCGAGCUUCGUCUUCGACCUCCCGCGCAUGCAAAGGCAACCUCGAGGAUACGUCCGAGCACCUUUGCAGGCAAAGCCGGUCAAACUGGCGUUCCACCUGAGUCGGCGCGCCGACUGUCUCCCUGCUUCUUGUCUCUUCGUGGUUCCUCUCAUGUGCGGUUUCUGUCGCCUCUCGCACUGUGUCCUUGCGCCUGUUCUGGUCGUCUUCUCGUUCUGCGUCUCUGCUCGUUCUUCUACCUGUCGUUUUUGUGGAAAUUCGUUCACCGACUUCUCACGCGCAUGUUCGCUGCGUCUCGUCGCUCGUGGGUUCUCUUGUCGAACAACCUGAAGGAUGCAUGGAAACAAUUUCCCCUGGCUUUUUCCUUCUUGCCCGUUUUUUCUUCGUAUACCCAGGACGCGUUUCGUCACUUUUAAAACGGUCUCGGCUUUCCGGAACAUCCCUUCUGUGUGUCGUGGAAGGUCGAAGAAGCGCCGCCGACUCUCUCGUUUUCUUCAUGCUCUCUUCCGCCUCACUCUUGCACGUCCCUCUCUCACCAAACGUCAUGCUUCUGCGUUUUUCGGACGAAACAACGCCGGCAGACGACGCAGUGUCAAAAAAGUUUGCACUUUCUUUCGAAAGCCUGACUCCCGCAAGCUGAGUGCGAGAGGCUAAGACACCCGGAGACCUGGCCUAGGAGUCUGGGUUUGGUCCCCAGACAACGAUUCAUGAAAUGAGGAAUGGUCGGAAAAAUCAAUGAGAUCCAGGUCACAUCCACUAUCUUAACCGGGGAGAACUCUGAUAAAACGCCAGCUAAUUAGAAAAGGCCUUGCGAGAGAGGGAUGUCCGAGCUUUUCGGAUAAGACUUCUGCAAGACUGAUGUUCUUUCAAAGUCUCUGAAUGGAGGCAGACGUCGAUCACGCAGGUUUCGUUCGCCUCACUCCGCUUGAAGCAGCUUUUCCAAUCUGUUCUCUC